GACAAAGAUCAAGACAUAACAAUAAAACAUCCACGCAACAAAAGGACCCUCCAGUCGAAGUGAUGUUGGAAAAAUUUCUGCGGUGAUAGAUAAGUUGUCUGCCAUUUUCUUGUCCACGUGUGUCUUUGGGUCUCUUUCUUUUGUCUGCUGAUUUUUAUCUCCAAAUCGGCAAACGUCCAUUUGCAGACACACUUAAAGGUUUAAAUCAUCCUUGGUGCGGCAAAAGAUCCGCAACAGAGAAGUAAUUUUGACUCAACCGAUGCUAUCAGGAUGCAGUUGAAAUAGAUUUCCUCAAUAAUAAUAUGAUUAUUAAAGGAUCUAUGCACAUAGGCUGAACUCCACAAUUGCGGCAAGCCCCCGUUGAUUCUUAAAGGAGUCUUAAAGGAGCGUGAUCACUUCAACAAUUACUUACCUACUUACUUUGGGUUGAAGUCAACAGCGCUUUUGAGUUCAUUGGUAAAAAUUCGCAGUUACCAAUGAAGUGUGAGCAGGUUGGCAGUUUGCGAUCGUUAGCGCCCCCUUUUGUCCAAUUCACGCACCUGCUGCUCAACGGCGGCGUGAUUCCCUGAAUUUCGGAGGCUACAUUCCUGCCCGAGCAUUGCUGUUAUAUUGGGAUCGCUGUUAGGCGAAUAGUUUUCAAGUCAACCCCGUCUUUCGAAACGCUUCAAAAUUAAAGUCUUCAACGACAGAAAUAUGCUGAAAAAUAUUCAUGAACGGACGGUUAAAAAGGUUAAGGGGAACCACUACAUCGCCAGUCGUGGUGGCCGUGAUACGGUCGAUCUGCCCUAUGCCCAGGCGAAUCGCGGCUAUUCGACGGAUGGCGAGGACAGUCAGCGGGCCCCUUCGGAUCGAACCGUGUCCGAGUAUACGGUAGCAAACGAACGGGCCACCCCACCGACAGCACCCUCCCGGAAGCCUCGUGGCGUCGUUGCUAACGGAACCGGAAACAGUGGAACCCAUAGCAAUGGGUCGGCGAUAUCCGGAGUCCAUGGAGGCCCUCGACCUCUUUCUAGUCCGCCCACUAGGGCACCCCCGAGGGCACCAUCGGCGCUCAGCUACGAUCACCACGGAGGCGAUCAUGGAAGCGACAUCUAUGUCACAUCGGCAGCCUACAAGGCACCCUCGGAAAUCAGUCGUUACAGCGCACAUCGAAACCAGCACAACACAUCACGGGGUCCCCGGAGCGUCUACAGUGUUGCCAGCACCGCAAAAACUGGCCGGAGUUCGCGCCGUCAUGGCGCAAAAGUUGAGGCAAUGUCCGCACCGAAUCCUUUCUGUCCCAACGUCAAGGGCGUCUGCUGUCUGAUGUUGCUGCUGAACCUGGGUCUUAUCCUGAUAACGCUUGGAUUUGUGAUAGUGAUGCAGUUUAUGGAGCCACUCUUCGUUUGGAUCCUCGGUGUGGUGUUUCUGGUGUUCGGAUUUGCCACCCUGAUCGGUAGCAUGAUCUACUGUGUGAUCGUGUGUCGUGACGCCAAAACUCCUUCACAGCUGCGCAACGAAGAUCUGUACUGGACCAAACACUGGCAGAAAAGCAUCGGCUAUACGCCUCACGAGAUCGACUACAAAACGGAUCGGUUCGAUGAACGUGACCGGUACUCGGAUCGUUUUUCGGUCAGCAAAAUGAGCGGGAAAUAUUCGGACAGGGACAUCACCCGCUACUGAGAUUGGCCACCAACGAACGAAAUUAUCGACAAAAAAAGACAAAACUGAACGGAUGCAAUAUAGAAUUAUGCAGAAACAACAAAUUCAAAUGUAACCACAGUGUAACUGAGAGAAACGAUUGUUACUAAUAAGAUUUAAAAGUAAAAUGAUUUCUACCCGCUCUCACAAGUUAAUGAGCACUAAUUUUAAUGAACUAGCAAAGAGAGUUUAAAUUUAAUAAUGUAAACACAGUCGAUAGAGUAUUAAUUCUGCCAAGGUAGAAUAUUUUAAGAAUAAAAAAUAAAAAUAACACGAAUCGAUCGCAUAACUGUAUGAGUAGAAAAAAAAACUCUAAAUAAUCAGUGUGUAAUUCAAAGAAGGAGAAGAUCAUAAUUUAAAUCGAUUAUAAACGAUGUAACACGAACGAAUAAUGUAUAUAAUAAAAAUAAAAAUACAGUGGUUUUAAUAUAAUAAAAAAAAGUUGGUUUCUUCGAAUCGACAAAAGAACAUAAAAGAAUAAAGUUUGGUCUCUGAUUAGCAUUUUAGUUUGCAUGCCCUUUAUCUCUGGAGCCACUUUUUUAAUUGAAAUAUUCGCUCAGUUGGUAACUUGAUGGACUUUGUUUGAUACCAAAUUUGAGCACCACUGUGAAUUUAGAUUUUGAUUUAACAAACUUCGUCUUACACUUUGCUAGGCACACAGAAUUGUAUCACACCACACACAGUGAGGACAAUAGCGUAGGUAGAAAACCUUGACUCGAGUAGAACAAUACCCUAGGUAGACGAUCGAGUUGAAACGAUCGUGCGUGGCUCUGCUGAUCGGUCUAUUCGACUGCAGAUUUCACCGAGGCAACACAUAGUGUUCGAUUGCGCGCGAAAUAUAGUUUUGUCCAACGAGAAAUAAAACCAGAGUUUCACUUCAA